AUGAGCGAAAAGAAUAAGGUGCAAAAUGCGUGCGUUAUCGUGCUGGGAGACAUUGGUCGAAGUCCCCGGAUGCAGUACCAUGUGAAGAGCCUGUCGGAAAACGAUUUCUCGGUAGACUUCAUUGGUUAUGUGCAUUCGUCGCCGUUGGAAGAAAUCAGAACUAGCCCAAAUGUGCGAAUACACGAACUAAACCCUUUUCCCGAGCUAGAAUUACCGAAUAUUCUAAAAUACCUCUUUAAGACAGUAUGGCAAGCGCUAGGUUUACUGAUCACUCUGAUCAGCAUUCCGAGACCGAAGUUUAUACUUUGUCAGAAUCCUCCGGCAAUCCCUGCCGUUAUUGUUGCAUACCUGUAUUGCUUGUUUGCUCGCUCGAAACUUAUAAUUGAUUGGCACAACUACACGUACUCGAUUCUGGCCCUCGAGUCGCCAGACUCACCGAUCGUCCGCAUUGCAAAGCGGAUAGAAGCAUUCUUCGGGGCAAGAGCAGCCGAUAGUUUCUGCGUAACAAAAGCAAUGAAGGAAGAUCUUUAUACCCGUUGGAACGUUAGAGCAACUGUUUUGUAUGAUCGUCCACCACAGCAAUUUCAGAGUAUCUCGCUUGGGGAUAAACAUAACGUUUUUCUACGCCUUGGAGAACAUAUUAGCGCUUUUCGCACAGAACGUGAGGCAGAAGAUGAAGACAUUGUAGAGCGUACGGCGUUUACCACAAAGCACCGAAACGGAGAGGUGAAAUUUCGUGACUCAAGGCCGGGUUUAUUAGUGUCCAGUACUAGCUGGACCCCCGAUGAAGAUUUUAGCAUGCUAAUCAGCGCCCUAGAUCAGUACGAGCGAGAUGCUCUUGAGCAACCAUUGCAUUAUCCAGACAUUGUGUGCAUAAUUACCGGCAAAGGACCAUUGAAAGAACAUUAUAGCAAAAUUGUCAAAGCAAAGUCGUGGAAAAGAGUGACUGUGGAAAUGCCAUGGUUGGAAAAUGAAGACUAUCCAAAACUGUUGGCUAGUAGCGAUUUGGGCGUGUGCCUACACUACAGUUCCAGUGGUCUUGAUUUGCCCAUGAAGGUUGUUGAUAUGUUUGGUUCCGGUUUACCGGUUUGUGCCGUACACUUCGAUUGCAUCGACGAACUAGUGAAGCAUGCCGAAAAUGGGUUCGUUUUUCAGCACCACCAGGAACUGGCGGAGCAAAUCGGUCACUGGUUCUAUGACUUUCCCAGUAACAUUGCCUUAGCGAACAUGAAGCAGGAUAUACAGAAACAUUUGAAACAGUUUCAGGGACUGAGAUGGACCGAAAACUGGAAAAAUGUUGCGUUGCCAGUGUUCAAAAACUAG